ACCUCAAAACCAAAAGUUAAGUUAUGCGUGGUUCAAUUGGGUAAUACAAUAGUUACGGUGAACUUGGUCGCAUUGGAUGAUUUUGUUGUCAUUGUUCUUGAGCGGACAAAUAAAAAGAAAAGCCUCUUCUUUUGAAUCCCACACACAGAGAUCUAAUUAUUGUUUCCCGUUAAUAAAGGUUAAGACUUUGUUCUCUCUCUUCUUCGAGUCGUUUCAUAUUCCCUUUUCAAUUUUUUCAAGUUUUAUGUAAUUGGGUAUUUCUUGUUUACUCUCUAAUACUAUACGCUUUCUUGGUGUGAACUUGUAAACUCUUCAACCCUAAAUGCUUCUUUUUUUCAUAAUUUGAUUGAGAAGGGUUUUAAAGUGAGACACUUUUGAUGCUUGUUGCUUAAAGUUUUGAUUUUUAUUGUCAAUUGGGUUUUUGGAGAAGCAAUAUGAGCUGUGUGAUUGAAUUGAUUAGCUCAAUGAAGCUGGAUUUUAUUUAAACGAGUUGUGUUCUUCUCUUUUGUGAGGGUUAUCUUUGGUGGAUGAUUUGUGAAACUUUUUUAGGAGAUAAUUGUUUACGUUUUAUAUAAAAAUGGCAGCUUCUAGCGGCUCUGGUUUGGAAGGUCACAAAGAUGACCUCAGUUCUUCUGCUGUGGAUGGGGAAAUGUAUAUAGACAUGGAGGAAGACAUGGACCUAACGGAAGAUGAUUUCAGAAAUGUGUCUGGCCAGUUUUCAGGGGAAACAUCGACAGUGGAGGUUAAGGAUGCUGUCAAUGUGAGUGUUGAAACCGUGAAAGUGGAUGUUAGUUCUAAAUCUGGUGUUAAAAGAUCCAGAACAACCUUCGACGAACAGCAACCUUCAGUCCAUGUUACUUAUAAACACUUAACAAGAGCUAGUAAGCAGAAGCUGGAAAGUUUAUUACAGCAAUGGUCAGAAUGGGAGGCAGAACAAAAUUCUUUGUCUGAGGAUCAAGAACAACAAGUACUAGAAUCUGGUGAUGAGACAUAUUUUCCUGCUUUGCGUGUGGGAUUGCAAAAGACAUCAUCUGUAUCAUUUUGGUUUGACUACCAAACUGGUGACAAUUCUUCGAAGAAGUUAGUUCCUGUGGAAAGUAGCACCACCCCUCUUUAUAACCGUGGAUUUACAAUUGGUUUAGAUUCAGCCGGUGGUUCAAAUAACUUGGAAGGAGGCUUGGAGAUUAUUGAUGACCCUCCACGCUGCUUCAAUUGCGGCGCAUACAGUCAUUCCUUGAGAGAAUGUCCAAAGCCUUUUGAUCGAUUAGCAGUUAGUAAUGCUCGGAGGCAACAUAAAAGCAAAAGAAAUCAGAAUCCUGGAUCCCGUCUACCGUCCCGAUAUUAUGAGAGCCCUCAAGUUGGUAAAUAUGAUGGCUUGAAGCCCGGGUCACUUGAUGCAGAGACACGUCAGCUUCUCGGUCUAAAGGAACUCGACCCUCCUCCAUGGCUUCACAGAAUGCGAGAGAUUGGAUAUCCACCAGGAUAUUUUGCUGUAGAAGAAGAUCAUCUCUCGGGAAUCACUAUAUUUGGUGAGGAAGAGACUAAAGAAGAAGAGGAAGAAGUUAAGAUGGAGGACGGUGAAAUCUUGGAAAAAGCAAACCCUCAAGAGCCAAGAAAGAUAAUGACAGUUGGGUUUCCCGGGAUUAACGCACCCAUUCCAGAAAACGCAGAUUCGUGGCUAUGGGAACAGAGGAAUAACACAGCACAUAGUUAUUAUCAUGAUCACCGUCGACCACAGGACUAUAGAGACCAGACAGGCCCUCCAGGUGUUGCACUGUCUUCGAGCUAUCCUCCAAGGUAUGGCGUUAGAUAUGAUCACGGGUUCGUUUCAGGACUAAGAAGCCCAGGAUCCGAACUAUCGGAAUCCGAAAGAGUUAAGAGCUAUUAUUACUCUUUGUAUGAUCCAAAUUUCAAGUAGUGAGGGAGGCUAGUACUAGUAGUGAUCCAUUUAGAUCUAGCAGCAGAAGAUGUAUUAAUUAGUGAGUGUGGGAUGUAAUGGUGUUGUUUAGGGAUUAAGUUUUAGCAUCAGUAUCCAAAUUUUGCUCGAAGUGAUCCAUUAGUUAAGAGCUACCCGCACAAUGUUUGUUCGAACCAAAAGCUAUGUCCGUGGCCUUAAAAUGGUUAUGCUAGUUUGGUGUUGUAACAUGUCCAUCAAUGUGUAUGCCUUUUUGUUUUGUUGUG